AUGGGGAAGAAGAAGAAGAAGAAGGGAGGAGAUAAAGAGAAAAAAGCUAAGAAGAAGCCUGCAGCUAAUGAGAGGGACAUCGUUUUCUAUGAGCAACAGAUCCUCGAUAAUAAUCGACAAUUAGCUAGACUCAAGACGCGUAAUGAGUUUCUCGAGGGAGAAUUAGACUCCCUGAAAGCCCAAUUGACUCGUCUAGAGGACGACAGGUCCGAUGUUGUUGCUCACUUGAAGAGGAUUCUCCAACAGAAAACCGAGGAAGCGAAGGAACUCGGAGAGAGACUACUGGCCAUGGAAGAACUUCGUAAAGACGAGAAACUUGCGUACAAAACUAAGGAAGAAUCGAUGUUGCAGGAGUAUCAUAAUAUGGAGACGAAUCUCAAUGCAGAAGUGAAAUUAGUUUCUGGAAAAUUGAACGCACUCGAGGACUGGAGAAAUGCAAGAGCCGAGUUGACACGAAAAUUCGAAAUCCAGGAGGAGCAAAUGGCAGAGCAGGAGCAGAGGCAUCGUGAGGCGUUAUAUGAAGCUGAGAAAUCAUUAGUGAUCGGCAAAGCACAGAUGCAAAGAGAAAUGCAAGAACGUUUAAACGACCUUGCCCUGAGCUUUCAGGAAGCCACAAAUCUCCGAAUGGCUGAUGCAACUCAACGAGCAAUCCGAGAGAACAUAGCUCUUAACAGCGAGCUAGAUGACACUUAUAAAAUUCGUCAAGAGCUUGAGGGGAAAAUGCAGAUCUGCAAAGAGACUGAACAGAAUACAAGACUGCGAGCUUCAUUACUUCACGAAGAAUUGCAGAUGGCUUUGAAUAAGGUGUUCGAGCAAAAUAAAUUCAUCGAAAAAAUUGCAGAAGAUCACUUGAAUGCUGUGUUACUGCGGACUGAAGAACGAAGAAUGGAGCAGUGUGCGAGUAGUAAGGAUCAACUGCUGCAAACCAUAACAGAAAAACAACUAACAGCAGACCAGGACGCUAGGAAGAUCGAGAGAACUAUCCUCGAGACUGGGAAGCAAACAAAAGAUAUUUUGGACGAUGUCCAGGUCAAUCGCAUACAAAUUGAACAAUUGACCAAUAUUCUACAUUCCGUGAAGAGCAUUAUAACGCAAUUACCAGGAGAAAUUGGAGAUAUUACUUCAACUCCUUGUGUCGCCUGCGAUGGAAAUUUUAAGAGAAAACUUUUAGAGAUUUAUAGUAUUAUAGAGAGCUCGAAUAUAGCGAAGAUUAUAAACGUUUGA